UCUUUCUGUGGUCCUUUAUGGCUUUUCUUCAGUCUGGGGAGCGACGGGAGGUGUGCCACUACCUCUAUGUCAGCUGGCCAGACUUUGGGGUCCCCAAAUGUGCUACAGCCAUGUUGGACUUCCGUGAGCAUGUCCUGAGGAGGAGGGAGGCUGCGGUCCAGAGCCUGGGCUCCAGCUGGACGGGCCCUCCAGGGGGCCCCCCUGUGGUUGUGCACUGCAGUGCCGGCAUUGGCCGCACAGGCACGUUCUGUACACUGGACAUCUGCCUGUCCCGGCUGGAGGACAUCGGCUCGGUGGACAUCCGUCAGACGGUGCGACGGAUGCGCACACAGAGGGCUUUCAGCAUCCAGACCUGGGACCAGUACUACUUCUGCUACACAGCAGUCAUCGAGUAUGCCCAGCGCAAUGGAAAACUGAGCCCAGUGCAGUGGUCCGACUCAGACCUAGAGACUGACAGCGAGUGAGGGACGCACGUACAAUAAAACGAGUGGGAUAGCCAACAUAAGCCGAAAUCAUAGGAAUGACAGAAUGAAGAUCCAGAGGAGAAGAGCGAGAAAAAAAAAAAAAAAGACUGAUGAUGGAUUUCUAGUUUCGGCUCUCGAUGUAAAGACUCAGACUCACAGUUGCUCUUCCUUCGCAUGAAUUGAUAGACGGAGGAGGUGGAGAGCUGGAGAUAUAACAUGCAGGGAGUGGAGACCGUGCAUUGCGUCACCGAUGAAGCAAGCUGUCCUGCCAAUUUCCGAGCCCCUUUUUAUUUAGCAAACUGCGAGGGGACUUGGCCUGCCCUGAACCUGUCUUGUUGACAAGAGAGUUGUACGAGUUGUAGCAUUUUUUUUAUAUUGACUUGCACAUGAGGAAUGACAAACUUGAAAUCUUUCCCUUGAAGCCCUCCAAACCCCAGUCUUGUUCCUUUUUUAUUUUAUUUCAUCCUUUUCAACCCUGAACAUCUCUGUGAUGACAGAGGAAAUGUGAAGGGUGUAAAAAGGUGAAACUUAAAAACCUUCUUUUUUUUUCAGAGGAAAUGCUUGUGUGAGCAAAUGGUCGUAAGCGACAGUAGAUCAGUGUGUGAGCCAUUUAGUCCGUUUCCGGUUUUUCUUUUUUUUUCAUGUCCUUUUUUUUCUAUGGUGCAUUUUCUACUUGUGUUUCAUAUUUGUGCAUAUGUAGACUAACUUUUCAAAGCCAAAGUCCUCACCCUGAAUGCUUGGAUGUACUCCUUACUGAGAUAUUAUAGACUGAAGCCCAUGUAUAUUCUUGUAACAUACAUUUAUACAUUAUUGUGCAUAAUAACAACCUCUAAAAGAAGAGCAAAAAAAGCCUUGUUUAAUACAAAUUGACUUAACCAUCAGAAGAAAUAUCUAUGUAGCGAGCCAGGCUUUGACAAAAUACAGAAAAGAGUUCUGUUAUCAAAAAUGAUAUCAUAUUGCGAAUCUGUGGGAUUUAUCAGGUCUUACAUCAUCUUUACUGUUGGAGCGUUCUGAUUGGACGGUCUUAAGUAAUUUGGCCUUAACUUGAUUCACUGCCUCGUCAUUCUCAGACCGAAACCAUAUCUGAAACUGUAAACUUUAAUUUCCCCUUUUGUUCUUUCCCUUUUUAAAUCUUACUCCCUUAAUACCACAACUGUUGUUUUUAAUUCUCGGGGCAUAUUCUGCCUCAGAUAAUUGUGCCUUCAAGUUUCCUUGGCUUAAUGUCUCGCUAGUAUAGUAAUAACACCCAAACGAGUGCACUUCAUUAGUACACGUUGACUAUGUUCCAGACAGGACACCCACAUUUUGCCUAUAGUCCUGUACAUAGUGCACUACUCGUGAAUAACGGGAGAGUAGUGAGUAACCUGGGACUAAGCUCUGGUUUGAGACAUGGCUAUUCUCUUAUCAUUUGACCUCAGGGGGUAAUUCUAGUGUUUUUGCCUAGUGUCAAAGUUCCAUUUCUGGGUUUGCCUCUGGUAAAUUAUCAUUUAAGAAAAAAAAGUAUAUCAACUUUAUUUUGUAUUUUUUACUGUAUUGUAUCCUACUAUAUUUAUGUCUUUGUAAAACUUCUACAAUAUUGAAAUCAUUGAAUGUUGGUACGAGGCUACAAAGAAAAACAGAGUAGUUAAAGCAUUUGAUAAGCUGAACAAAUCAGAUGGGGAGUGAAAUAUAUUUUUUGUUUUUCACAAUGAGAUUUUGGUGGAAAGUGUCACUUGCCAUUGUAUUUUCAGAACUGACUUGUAUAAAUGUUGAUUGUUCAAUUCUAGGAAAAUAGAGGGGGGGGGGGGGGGGUCAGGGGAAGCUAACAAGUAUGUUUUUAGACAGCUUAUUGUUAAACUCAAUAACAAUUAACUUCUUUUUCGUCUGGUACCCAAUGCCAAGGACAAGACAAAAGAGAGCUACCAAGACAACAAAAAGAGCAAAAAAAUACAAGCAGCUGCCAUUUUUGUUCACAGAAGUCCAGCCUGGUGUCUAUGAGUACAAAAAUAUAUUUAUAAAGGGUAAAGGUUUAUCAGCAUGGAAAGCGAGCCUUGAAUGUUUUCUGGAUAAUGGAUUCCGAGCAAUUAAGUCAGACAGACGGUGAUAUUGUUGGUGAAUGUGGACCCUGCAUCCCUCAAUACCAAAGGCCCAGGCUCACCCUAAAGAAUCUUUCCUCUCACACAGCAACAAGUGCAAACAAGCAUGGACCUACCAAUGCAGCCUUGCAUCCACGGACACAAAGACUGGAGCACCUCGGGAACAUUACUAAAGAUUUGAAGAUACAAAAUGGGAGAUUGUGUGUGUAAAAGACUGGUCCCUCUGCUACAAUAAUUAGUUGUAUGAGAAACAGAGAAUGCAACAUGCGUUUGUCAUUGGUGUUCAUUUAAUGUUUUCUUAUGUGCUUUAAGUUCUCGUGAAUUAUGGCCUUUUACAUGUCAGCCCGGCUGUCCCAUUAAAGCAACGGUAUUACUAUCUUGAAUGAG